AAAGUGAGGCCAAGGACGCCUUCAGAAAAGUUGAGUCCGCAAAAGUUUGUUUAGGUGGCAAAAGCCCCAGUUCAGGGAGUGAGAGACCAGAGAUAGGAGACGAUAGGGCCAGGUAUCUACAGCAGCAUCGCCCUCCCCAGAUAAAACACGUUGGGACAGCAGAAGGGGGUCAGGAGGAAACUUUAUCCAGUCUGGAAAACUGUAACAGAAUACCGGAACAAACUUUUGGACUUUCUUUUGAAGACUAAAAAUAAACAACUGGUCUUUUGGGAACUUAUUCUAAUAAUUUUCUUCUGAACCUGUUUAUGUAUUUUUUAUUUUAUUUAUUUAUCGUUGCAAGCUAUCCUUGUUGUUUUCUUUCGAAAAAUCAUUCAUCAUGAACACCAAUUCUGUCCACCCUUUACCGGGACAGCAAGUCAUCCUUGUCGCCCAGGACUUAAACACCGAACUGGAAGAGCUGUUCAAUACGCUCGUAAACCCCAAGCCGAGCUCCUGGAGGAAGAAGGUUCUACCUGAUUCAUUUUUUAAAGAGCCCGAUUCUGGCUCACACUCCCGGCAGUCCAGCUCAGAUUCGGGAAGCCACCCACCGCAGCGUACGCCGCAGCAUUUUCGAUCUUACUCAUCGCCAGCUUCACUGCAACCCGGAGCGGCAGGCAGCGCGACUCCUGGCCCAACUCAACACACGCAUCUCCGGCAUCAGUCAUUUGACGUCGCCGAUGAGCUGCCGCUGCCACCCGGAUGGGAGAUGGCAUUUACAUCCAACGGUCAAAGAUACUUUUUAAACCACCUAGAAAAGAGAACAACAUGGGAAGACCCUCGCAAAGCAGUAAAUGCAGUGCUGAAUCAAAUAAGCCACAAUCCACCAGCCAAUACAACAACCAUGCAACAAAGAACAAUGGCAAUGUCUCAGCCAAACCUUGUGAUGACCCAUCACCAUCAGCAGCAGCAGCAGCAGCAGCAUCUUGUGGGUACAUCUGGUCCAGUUUCCCAGCAGAACCUUACAUCUCCCAAUACGCAGGCAGGAAUGAUGACCCUUUCCAGUGCACUGACAGCUCAACAGCAGCACCACCAAAAGUUGAGGCUUCAGAGAAUUCAGAUUGAACGAGAACGCAUCAGAAUGCGUCAGGAGGAACUUUUGAGACAGGAGGCGGCACUCUGCAGACAGCUUCCCAUAGAAACAGAAAAUCUCAGUGCAGUAGCAACAGCUUCUAAUCCACCACAAAUGACGCAGGAUCUUAGGACUAUCCCUAACAAUGGAUCAGACCCUUUUCUUAACAGUGGGCCAUACCACUCCAGGGAGCAGAGUUCAGACAGUGGACUGGGGUUAGGCUGCUACAGUAUUCCUACCACUCCUGAAGACUUCCUUAACAAUCCUGAAGAAAUGGACACAGGAGAAAACAUGGGGCAACCUGUUAUGAAUGUGAAUCCACAGAGUCGUUUCCCAGAUUUUCUGGACUCCCUUCCAGGAACAAAUGUGGACCUAGGGACACUGGAGAGUGAAGACUUGAUUCCCAUCCUCAAUGACGUAGAGUCUGUAUUAAAUAAGAGUGAGCCGUUCCUCACUUGGCUGUAAACUGAAGUUUCCAAAGAGACAAGUGGGAGGAAUUAGAACAAACUGCUUCAUUGUACUGUCAGAUUAGAGGUGCAAUACUCCAGAGAGAACCAACCACUGUCCAUUCUCCCAGCUAGUAAUGGCAUUUUUGGGUGUUCAUUGUGCCUUAUAGAGAGGAUGCUUAUUCAGUAAGACUGCAAAAUGCAAGUCCUUACUUUACCUUUAUAUCUUUAAAAAGGAAACCUAAUGGACAUUGGUUUCUGUAUCAUUGUGAACCAAAGGCAUUAGCAAUGAUCAAGCUAACUUUUUCCCCACUGGCUUUUUGGUUCAAGCACGCCAGCUGUGUUGAAAUAUAAAAGUAUUUUAUGAUCUUAUUUACUUUUACAAGUGAUACUGAAUAAUUAUCAUUAUUGUAUUUGUCAAGAAGCUUUAAAAUUCAUUAUUUUAAUAAAACUGUACUUGUGCAGUUUAAACUUUUUAAAAGAACUACUAUUACUGAUAUAUUUGAUAAUCAUUUGUAGCAAAUUAGCUUAUUUACAUGCCUUUUUUAAUGAUGUAUGUGAACAUACAUACGCUUUAAUUACCUACGUAGAUUAAAGGCUAUUUUGUUACCAGAUAGACAGGUAGCAGUUUUCACAUUUGUACGUGAGUGUGUUUUUUUUGUUUGCCCCUUUCAUGAAUUUAAUUAGAUUUACUGGUGCACAGAACACUAAAACAUUUCAGUCCUAUUUAAUAAACUGAAUUAUGCAGUUUGUACUGUACAUGAACAUUUAUCAUAUUUCUAAACAAAGGAGGUGGAAUAUUUCUUUGUUUUUAAAAUGAUAUAAUAAAUAAUGUGUAAUUUUAGGGAAUAUUUUCUGAUAUGUAGAAACUGCUUAUGUAUUUUAAUUUUUUUAACUAGAUGUGGUGGCAUUAUACAGCAUUAUAGUAAAAAAAAAAUGUUGGUCUUCAAAUGUCAAUAUCUAUAUAAGAAAUAUGGGCCUUAAUAAUAAACCCAAACUGCAAUGUUUAUGAAAAAUGUGAACUGAAAAGACAUUUCUUUUUUCACAAAUAACUAUAACAUUUAUAAUCAGCAAUUAAAGAUGAAAUUCCUUAAACUUUAAAUCCUGCAGGUCCACAUACAGUGUAAAUAUAACAAUGCAUAUAUAUUUUUCUGCUUGUUGACCUAAAUGUAUUUCCUUGCACAAAUUUUAUAUAGCCGGUAUAAACUUUAUAGUUUUUUUUUUUUUUUUUUUUUUUUUCUUCCUAGACAGAGGAAGCAUUGAUUUUUUUAAAUAAAAGAGGCAACCAGUUUUGCAUUGCUCAUGAUGUCCCAAAAUGAAUGUGUAUUUUAAAAUUGUGCUUAUGGAGUGAUCUAUGUAUAAUUCCACAUUUGUUACUAAUUUGUUUUCAUAAUGCGAAGAUCCCUGGGUUUCAGUUAGUUGCUUAUGAAACAAUACUUAACACUUGUGUACUUCUUAUAUUUGUUAAAGGAGCCAGUUUAAAGUUUAUUUUUGCUUUAAAAGUGAAAGGGACUGAAUGCAAUGCUAUUAAAAGAAAUAAAAAGUAUUUGAAAGAAUGAAAAGAUGGACACCAAAAAGGCAAGUUGAGUAAAGUGUAAGAGUAUUUUAAAGACAGAAUUUAGAAAUGUUUACUCUGUUAAAUUUUGGAAUUUUUUAUUGUAAUCUACAAAGAAUGUCAUGGCAAGUAGAUCUGUGAGCACACUGUCAAAUUUAGUACUAAUCUUUGAUAUCUGUGAUGAGUUGGUUGCUAGAUGGUGGAAAAGAUUUUCUAGUGCAUUUUGCUAUGUAGAACAAUGUUUCAAACAACUAGAAAUUCAUGAAUUCUGAGAAGCUGAAAUCAGUACAUAUUUGCACCCCUUAAAAUUGAUAAUGCAAAUAACAGCUUAAUAUUUUAACCCUAUUUAGUUUUUUCAAUACAACGUUAAAAAAUAAACUAAUGUAAUGAAUGGGAUGAGUAAAAGAAAACGGUUUGAUUAUUAAAAUAGCAAGGAAUUGGCUUUGACUUUUUUCCUUGAUUUUAGCACCUGAUUUGCUCAUGUGAAGGUGCUGUCACAAUUUCAUUUGAGGUAGAUUAUGCAUUUUUCACAGCUAAAUCUCAGAAUUCUUAAAAUUGUUAUAGUAUAGUUUGAACACACAAGUAAACUAAAUCAAGAAUCUUACU